AUGGUCUCGGCGUUAUCAUGGUCUGAUACUGAGCCACUAUGGCUUAGCAAGUCCGCUCCCCCGGAAGAUAGGGUUCAAGCCUUUAUGGAUCAGCUGAACACAUCUCAAAUCUAUGCCAUGGUACAGGGAGACACAGUGGUACGUCUAGCCGUGAUGAUCAUGGCACUGGUAUCAAUGCCUGCAUCGGUCAUCUCUGGCGUGGAUGCACUGGGCAUCGCAUCCGUCUGCAUGGGUGACGGCCCUGUCGGAGUCAGCAACUCGAUGAACGACGUGACAACGUUCCCUGCCCCUAUCAUGGUGUCCUCCGGUUCGAACACAACAUCCGAGUACAUCUUUGGGCAGAUGCUUGCCGAUGAGCAGCGAAUGAAAGGCCGUAACGACGUUCUCUCGCCCACCAUUAACAUCCUCCGUUCCCCGCUCUGGGCCCGCGCGGCAGAGAAGCUUUCGGAAGAUCCGCAUCUCACAGCCCGCCUUGCCGUCGCCCAGGUGAGAGGCAUUCAAAGCCGACAUGCAUUAGCUUGUCCCAAGCACUUCGCCGCAUACAACCAGGACACUAAACGCUUUGGUGUUGGCCCCGAGUACGACGCUGUGGAUGCUGUGGCGGACGAGCGCUCCAUGCAGGAGCUUUAUUUGCCUUCAUUCAAGGCGACGGUUCAGGAGGCCAAGGCAGCCUCCAACGAUUGGGGUUUCACAGGCUUUAUCGUGGCUGAUUGGUACUUUGCCCAGCGCAGUACCGUGGCGUCGGCUAACAAUGGCAUGGACAUCUCCAUGCCCGGUGGCUCACUUGUUGACUCCUUCGGUCUCCCCGCCUACUAUGGAGACAUGUUGAAAGAUGCCGUCAACAACGGUUCAGUCGAGUUCUCUCGUGUCAAGGAUAUGGUUGAGCGCCUCUGGCGUCCAAUGUUCGAGCUUGGUGCCGUCGAUUACCCUCCCGAGGGAAACGCUGCGGCCAUGGCACGUACACAGGAACAUCAGGACUUUGCGCAGGAGCUGGCCGAACACAAGUACCUAAAGAUUGCCAUGUUUGGUCGUGGAGCUACCAACGCUACCCAUGAGCAUGCCGGGUUAUGGUAUGCUGAGGCACACCCCGGAACUGGUCCUUAUCCCACUGCCCCGUCCUCUAUGCUCAAGGAUCUCAAAGCAAUCUACUGGAACAACACAAACUGGUCCGGCAACAUUAAUCAGACUGCCUGGCCGGAUAUCUUUUCUUCUGUGUAUGAGGGCAAGUUCCUACCAAACACGACCGGGCUGUAUUACUUCUCUCUGAAUGGUCAGAGAGACGCCGUGCUGCUGCUUAACGGUCAACAUGUCGUUACUAUGACCAAGCAGAACUUCGGCAACCCCGUCUCUGGUGUCAUAGAGCUUGAGGCAGGGAAACCUAUCGACUUAUAUCUGAAGGAUUCUAUGAGCUUCUCAUUAUCCACGUCAAACUUCGGCGUGACACUCGGUGUGGAAGUUGCCAAUGUGGCAAGGAACGAGCAAGCUCUAUCAUUGGCUCGCUGGGCUGAUCUUCGCAUCAUUGUUGUCAACGAUGGUUGGACUGAGGGUGCCGAUAGCAAUAUCGGCCUUCAAUUGCCCAGUGGUCAAGAUGAGCUUAUUACAAAGAUCGCCUCGACGUCCUCCAAAACACUCAUCCGGCUGGGGAACAACUCCGCUAUUCUCAUGUCGUGGAUUGGAAAAGUGGAAGGGAUCUUGGAAAUAUGGUAUCCUGGGCAGCAAGUUGUCCUCGCUCUGGAAAGAACCCUUUUUGGCGACAUAAGCCCUGGUGGAAAGUUACCUUCAACCUUCUCCAAGACUCUUGAGGAAGCUAUUCAGAUUAUUGACCUUGAGGUCAACUUUGACGGAGGUCUGAAUGUUGGUUAUAAGAGGUUCGGCAGAUAUCGCAUCGAAACUCUGUUUCCUUUCGGCUUCGGACUCGCAUACACCUCUUUCAAUCUCAGUAGUCUGCGCCUUGAAACGAGCCAUGACGUUGUCCAGCUCUAUGUGAGCUAUCCAAAAGAAGCCAAUGAACCUCCUAAGCUGCUUAAAGGAUUUCAAAAAGCAGAACUGGACGUCGGAAAAACUUUGCAGGUUUCUAUAGGAGUUCAAAAGGAUGACUUGCGUAUGUGGGACGAGAUGACGGGUGAUUGGAGGCUAAUCAAGGCCCGUGAUAUUCUAGAGACGAACUAUGUCUAUCUUUAA